GGCGGGUGGGAACUGGAAAGAAAAUCCCCAAACGAGCCAGUGCUCCACUUCGGCUCUCUCGCAGAUGCUGCUGGUCUCUCAGUUCUUAUGAUUCCUCUUCCUAACUGACAACAGAACAGGGAUGAGAAGCUCGCCCUUUUUUCUUGCCCUUGCGCGUGGAUGAAGCAGAGGAUAAUGCAGUUCGGGUCUUGCGCGCUCGUCUCCAUCAGGUUUUGCUCCGUGACCUCAUCUUGAUCGCCGGCCACUUUGUACAGGUCUGCCAUCCGCUUCUUUGAAACAGUCGUCGGAUUUUCAAAGAGAGAGAACCCCCCCGACGCAUUGAUGCACCCCUCGCAGUGGUGCAACGGCUGCUUCUGUGGUCUGGCUCUGGAUUAUUCCAACAAGUCGUGCGCCAUGCCACCCAUCACUUUCCACGACCUGCCGCUCAACAUUUACAUGGUCAUCUUUGGCACAGGGAUCUUCGUCUUUAUCCUCAGCCUCAUCUUCUGCUGUUACUUCAUCAGCAAACUUCGACACCAGGCCCAGAGUGAGCGGUUUGGAUACAGAGAGGUGGUUUUGAAAGGAGACCCAAAGAGGUUGAACGUGCACGGGCAGACUUGCGCCGUUUGUCUGGAGGAUUUCAAAGUGAAAGAUGAGCUGGGAGUGUUGCCAUGCCAACACGCUUUCCACCGAAAGUGUCUCGUAAAGUGGUUGGAGGUACGCUGCGUCUGCCCCAUGUGCAACAAACCCAUCGCCGGCCCCCCAGAGCAGCACCACAGCAUCGGUACCCUGCUGGACGAACUGGUGUAAGCUGACGGAACGACGCGGCACCACCACAGCACUUCGGGUUAGCUGAGCACCCAGAAAAAGACUCAUGGAGGGGGAUGCUGUUUCCAGGCAACCGCCUCUGAGACGGCAACACGGCGGUGCCUUCUGAAGUGGAAAUUAUGCACAGCCACCCACACAUCCCUCCAUCGCUCUUAUUUUUAUAUCCUUUACUCGCACACCUCCACAUCUUCCCUCCAGUGUGGUCAAGAGCUUUUUUUCUGUUUUGUUGACCUAAGUGAUGCUACCAAGACGUUUAUUGCCGCAUUGAGGUAUUAUGUCAACAUGCUGUGAAGAAAACUACCUUUGAAGAGAACAAAGCACUGAAGACAAGAUGGAUACUGUAUUUGAUCAAAUAUGGACACAGACUAUUUUUUAAUGGUCUAACUUGAACAAGUUCUGUAUUACUGCGCACAAACUCCAACUAGAUUGUAUUAAUUUAAUGUUCCCUAAUAAGUCAAACAUCAAAUAGGUUGGUAAAUAAAUCUUCACUGUCGUGGGAAUCCUUCGUAUUAUCCCUUUCUGAAAAACAUUAAAUUGACCAAAUCUAGAAAGCUUAUAUAACAGUAACUAAUAAUGAGAAUAUGGUAUCUUAUGAAUAUAAAUUUUAAAAAGUAGGCAUUUCCACCUUAGCGAAUACUAGAGUAGAUGACACAAUGCUGAUUGACUCAUUGGCUCCCAUUGACGGCUAUAGACAUCCAAACCAUUUAAACAGGGAGGACUACCACUGAAUGAUUAGUGUUGUUAAGUUACUUUUGAAAAAAUAAGUUACAGUUAUAGUUAAGUUAUAGUUACUGUACUUUUCUGAAAAAGAAACUAAUUACUAGUUAUUCAAUUAUGAAUAGGGGUGUGUAUUGCCUCAUAUCUUGCGAUACGAUUUGUAUCACGAUAUUUGUAUAUCACUUUAGAAAAAAAGAAUCAAAUAGACAUAAAAGCAUAGGCGCUGUUUGACCUUUGUAGGAGGGAGUGGCAAAACACAGAAAAAAGACAUUCCAAAUAUACGUCAAGCCUCCUCAGGUGGAUUUUUGGCUAAGCAAAGCAAUUGGACCGUCUCUAAACUGCUAGUCACGUGAUCAGUUCGAAAAAUAAUUUUGAUCCAUUAUGAAAAAAUUUGUAGGAUUCUUGCUCAUUUUAUUCAUUUUUGCUGUUUUAUUGCUUUACAACUUUCAUAGAUAACACUUUACUAGUUCGGGCAUUAUUUUAAAUUCAUAUAAUUAGGAAAUUCAUAUAAAAGCAUUUUUCGGCCACUGGGGGGGCACUGCCACACCUGCCUGCCCUCAAUCUCCGCGUAUGCAUAAAAGUACAUUUAUAUCAAUUUAUUGCUGAAACUUCAUCCAGCACUCAAGUAAAAAUGUUUUUGUUUAAUGUUUGAACACGUAUGGCUUUCAUUAUACCAUUUUCUCUUUAUUUAGUGCAAACAUGCUUUAGUCCAAACCUGCAUAAAUGUAGGAUCCUAAAUACUCCAUGCCUCCGUUUUUGCAGUAAAAGCCAAAAUGAGCCCAAAUUUCAGACUUAUAAAAGGACUAAUCAUGUCAAAACAACCGGAAGUACCCCGCCUGCCAUUACAGAACUCGACAGCAGCUAAUGUUAGUGUUUACAUUGACUGACACUUCUAGAGGUGUGUAAACACCCCAGUAAUAGUGGCCAACCACUAGGGGGCGACGUACACAAAUCUCUACUCGGAUGAUUAUAAUGUUUGUGUUACUUCAUCAGACUGCAAAGCAAUGCUGCUGCGCGCUGCCAACUACUGGACAGGAGUAGAAGUGCUGCCAGGAAAUUGUUUAUUUCCACCAAAACCACACAUGUAAGGAUUGAUACAGACGUAUUUUGAAUCAAUACAAGAAUUGUGUGACAUAAUAUCACAAUGUAUCUCAGAAUCGAUCUUUUUUAACACCCUUAAUUAUGAAAGUAACUACUUUAAGUUACUUAACUUUAAAAUAUAUAUACCCAGUGUUGUUAAUAACAGCGUUAGAAUAUAACGGUGUUACUAAUGGUGUUAUUGUUUUCUGUAAUAAGUAAUCAAAUUAAUUUUCUCAUCUUUGAAACGCCGUUACUGUUACUGAGGAUAUAAAGGCGGGCGUUACUGUACGUUACUAGUCUGGUUGAAUGGCGCAAAAAAAGUGAGAGACACGGACUCACGGAGAAAGCAGAGCGGGAGUGGGGGGGGGGAGUUGUCACGCCGUCGCAAACGCGAUGCAAGGUGGCUCCAAUAAUAACUGACUGUAGCCGAUAGCCUACAAACUAGCCCACAUGAUGCUGCGAUAGAUAUCACAUCUAUAGAGAACUAGAAGCGAAAUGACAGACUCACUGGCAUUAGUAAACAGCCGCCAUCUUAAAGCAGUUGAUUUCUCAGGAAGGCUCUGUUGUAGAGAACCUUCCUAGCGAACCUAAGUAACCUUUUAUCUAAAAUACUCCUAAAUCGGCAAAAUCUUACUUGAAUCUAUCUUUAAAUGAUGAAAAAGUUUUAAAGCUUUCACAGGUCGAAGAAGGGAACUAAUGUAAUAACGGGAGCAAUUUUAACAACUUUAACUGUUGAUUCACUAGCCUGGUACACCAGACUCACCGCUGUUCCAGCUAUUGAGUCUGGCCACCAUUCAGCGGAUAAAAUUUCCAGGGCGGAGCAAGCCACAGCAAACAGACAGCGGAGUGGACCAAUCAGUGACGGGCGGACGUGCCGUUAGUAAAGCGACAAGGGACUUGCGUGCGGAAGUACACAUACGAGGAGAGCGGAGUUUAUUUAACAUGGCUAGCGCGAGACAGACUGUUGUAAAUGACUUUUGUCGAUGUGUUUUUGGUCAUUUAAAAUCGAUUUUACUGUGGAUUGGAACACAUUCUCGGCUCUCCUGUUCGCCAUCUGUGCUGUUGUGGAGACGACUUCUGACGCGGAAGAGUGGCGUUGCUCGUUAAGAACACGUCACGCAAAUAAACGAAUCUGAUUGGACGGUUGAUUUUCUUCUUGCUCGAGAGGCCGUUAAUGGGCUGGGUCCCAGACUAUUCUCACAGUGUUUGAAAAAUACAGGGAGAACAGUCUGGGCGUGCCAGGCAAUUGAUUCACAACAUUAAAUGACUUCCAAACAGAGCAAAGGUUACUAUCUAGUUAUCGCAAUAUCCGCAAUACCCCUGUGUCUAGUUAAGUUUAGGGUAAAGAUCUGGGCUAGGACCAGUUGUGCCAAAAACUCUUUGAACUUCACAUAGUGUGACCUAUGUUUAUUUAUUUAUUUAUUUUUUAAAUGAAAUGGAAAAAAAAAACAUGAAAAGUAACAUCAGUUACUUUGCCAAGUACCUAAUUACUCUUACAUUCAGGUAACUGAGUUACUAACUCAAUUACUUUUUGGGAGAAGUAAUUUGUAACUGCAAUUAAUUCUUUUUUUAAAGUAAGAUUAACAACACUCUAUGUACGGUACAUAAUAUACAGUUGUGGUCAAAAGUUUACAUACACUU